UCUGAAACAGAGGAGGAAGGUGCUACUUUCUCACCUUGCCAGGCUACUAUACCACCCAACUGUUCGGCCAGACAGACUGCAACCAUGCUUGAGGAAUCUGAGCCAAGACCCCAAACAGGGUUUGACCCGUCCAUGAACCGUCAUCGACCUGCAUCAGAAAAAACACAGGACAUUUCACAUUUAUUGGCAAGCAUCUUCAAGGAUCUCUACACAACAGAGAUUAUUGGGAAAGACACAGUUGCCAUUCUCACCAAGACAAGAAGGGGAAGCAACAACUACCAUGACAAAUAUGUGGAGGAUCUUCAACAGGUCCAUUCAGAGUACAGCCGUCGGAUGCGUGAUGCUGACAUGUUGGAGAACCACAUCAUUCAGGCUCGGGUCCAGGCCACGGCCACAGAGAGCAGGGCCCACACCAAGGUGGUGGAGGAGGUGGGAGAGGCCUACCAACAGCUGGGUCUGCCUCCAGUCAGAUGGACCUUCAUGUGGUGUGUUGACAACGGCCUUCUGAAGAGGAACAACCUGAUCUGUCCAGAAGACUACAUCACAGGACUGACCCCGCCCCUCAAAGCCCCCAGAGCUAUGUCUCCCCCAGGCUUUGCCAAGCCAACGGUGUCCUACAACAGACACAUAUGUGACCUUCCCCAGGACGAUGGCUACACAGUGAUCCCUCCCCCAGAGAGGACAGCCCAGAGCUUGCUGGAGGAGUCAGAGACAUCCCUCACCCUGACCUGUAGCUCAGACACCUGCACCCCCCACAGCAGACCUAACCAGAAGUGGUGCCGGGUCAGGAAGCCGAAGUGGAUGGAUGAGCUGAGUGCGAAGAGCAGAGCAGAGGAGAGGGCUGGCCUUCAAAAACUACAGCAGAGACACAAGUUCCUGCGCAAUCCCAGAUUCCUUCCCCCCAAUGCACGCCAGGGGGGCAAGUCGCUCAUCCUGCUAGGGGAAAAGGGAGCCAGGGGACGGAAGGAGCAGGAGGAGAAGAGCUCCCCAGCUGAGCCCAUCCCUGUGUUCCUGGCCAAUCCACCUGCUGUGUUCUUCACUGACUACAGAGUAGGACAGGUCUAUGAGACUACAGUGGAGCUGAGGAACAUGACUGCUACCAGCCGACAUGUCCGGGUCAUCCCCCCCACCACCCAUCACUUCUCCCUGGGUCUCGGCAGGUUUCCAGGCGAGGGGGGUAUGGUAGCCCCUGGGAUGUCCUGCCAGUACACAGUACGGUUUGCUCCAGACUCCCUGGCUGACUACCAAGACUUCCUGGUUGUAGAAACUCAGGCCCAGUACCCACUGCUGGUUCCCAUCGAAGCCCGCAGACCGCCUCCCAUACUGACACUGCCCAGUGUUCUGGACUGUGGCUACUGUCUGGUAGGAGGGGUGAGGUUCGUAGAGUUCCUGUGUCGUAAUGAGGGCCUCAGCGCUGGAACCUUCUGUAUCCUCCCCCGGAGACAGUGGCCCGCCUCCAACAUCAGGUCUGUAACCACCAGCUUCGCUGAGGAGCCCCCGUUUGGAGUCAGCCCUUCCCUGUUUGAGCUGCAGCCUGGGCAGGCCACAGUGGUGGAGGUGGUGUUCUUCCCCACGCUGGCAGAGCGUUGCUCCCAGGUCUUCAUCAUAGUGUGUGACAACUGCCAGGUCAAAGACAUCACUAUACAAGGUGAGGGCCAGCUGAUAGGUCUGGAGCUGGUGUAUGUGUCUGGGGAGGAAGAGGUCCCUGCUCUCGGAGAACUCUGUGACGUCACAGCUGAACACUAUGUCCGCUUCCCCCCCGCCAACCCUCACUCUGUCCAGCAGAAGACGCUCACCAUCAGGAACAACACUCACUUGGAGCUGGCAUUCCAUUGGCAGAUCAUGCAGCCCAACCUGCAGCCCCUCCUCCCUGGGGAGAACCCUGACCCCGCCCACAUCCAGUACCACUUGGCCAAUGACGACGUGUUCCACGUCAGCCCCGCCUCCGGCCUGCUAGCCCCCCGACAGGACCAUGAGUUCCUCCUUACAUACCAGCCCCAGCAGGUGAUGGACUACCACAGUGUGUGUCACCUGGUAGUGAGGGACGUCCCAGAGCUGGACACCGCCCCCAAGGUGAAUGAUGUGAUUGUCAUGGAGAUAGAGGUCAAAGGGUUGACAGAGGCCUACCAGGUCCUGUUGGAGCCUUACUCUGUUCAUAUCCCUGGAGAAGUGUUUAUAGGCACCACCAUCCGCAGGAGGUUCAAGAUGUGGAACAACAGCAGAUCCAGCAUCACCUUCCAUUGGGAGAGGAGCAGUGACUGUCACAUCAUGGAGGUGGAGCCCCCUGCUGGGGAAAUAGAGGUGAACGAGUGUUUUGACCUGGAGCUGGUUCUGACCGGAGGCCGACCAGGUGCAGUCAUGUCCAGUCUGCUGUGCCAUGUUCAGCACCACCCCCAACCUGUUGCUCUGGCCAUACAGGUCACCUUCAAGGGUCCCCAGGUGUCUGUGAGUGUUCCCAGUCUCGACCUGGGUCUGAUGCGACUAGGGGACCAGACCCAGGUCACCGUUGCCCUCACCAACAGCACCCAGCUAGAGGCCCUCUGGGACCUGGGGCCUGGGGAGUCAGAGAGGGCAGACAGCAACCACACACAGAUCACAGUGGAGCCGUGUAGGGGAGUGCUGCCCCCUCUUGGCUCCUGCAGUGUAGACAUCCUCUUCAGACCCCUGUCCUGUCAACACUUUGCCACAGUGCUGGAGCUGGCUGUGGAGAAUGGCCAAGGAUGUCACCUGUCGGUGCAGGCAGAUGUCCACUCUCCUCAAGUGUGUCUGUUGACCUGUGAUCUAGUAUUCUCUGAGCUCUAUGUGGGAGUUCCUGCCCUGGGAAUCAUCACCCUGAUCAACCUGACCCUGCUGCCUGCUCACUACACCUGGACCAUGCUCCAGGGCCAGCAGGCGCCUCUGUGCUCGGCUAGUUUCACUCCCUCCUCUGGAACUCUGGGACCCAACGCCAAGAUGGACGUCACCGUGACCUUCACAGCUCACACUGAUAUGGAGUUGAGUGAGGUAUCAGCGUUGUGUGAGGUGACAGGCAUGAAAGAUCCUCUGGUUCUGGGAUUCUUCUCUAAAGCCCAGAGACUCAACGUGUCCUACUGUCUACCUAGAGACUGUCCUGGAUUAGAUGAAGAGGACCCUGCUGCAUCGUUGGUGCUGGACUUUGGAGACAACGUCCUGUUGAAGCGACCAAUCACCAAGCAGCUGGUUAUAACCAAUCACACGGCUAUCCCAGCCCCCUUCACCCUGGAGGCAGAGUACUUCACUGGACACGCCCCCUCACCACCAGCCGGCCAAUCACAGCAGAGGGGCCUGCAUGUAAGGAAGCCAUUACACUCUGUCCAAGCUGAGAAAGUAGAGGUCAAGGCACAGGAAGGGUUUGUGAAUGGGCUGUUGGCUCAUGGGAAGGGCGCAGCAUUCUUCGUCCAGCCAGACUGUGGCAUUCUGGGAGCGUUUGAGACUCAGACCAUCGACAUCACAUCCUUCACCAACAUGUGGGGGGAAUACAGAGACCAGCUCAUCUGUAAGGUGGGUGACCUCCAGCCCAAGCUGAUCCCCAUGCAGAUGACAGUGAGGGGCUGUCCUCUUUACUUCCAGAUGAUUGGUCCACACCCAGACAGACAGAACCAGGGGCCAAUCAUACGGUUCGGUACCCACGUCUCUGGAGGGGACACAGUGUCCCGCUCUCUACGCCUGAACAACACUAGCCCCUACGAUAUCCGUAUGGACUGGGAGAGCUUCAACGUGGACCAGGAGGACAGGAAGCUGCUGGAUUUGGUGGUUGCCUACGGAGACGCCUUUCCCCUGAAGGACGCAGACGGCAACGAGGUGGUUGGGGGCGGGGCCAUGUCUAACGAGACUUCGCCCAUCUGGGACCGGAGCCAGACACCCAGCACUGACGGAACAUGCUCCUCCUCUCUCAAGAGCAAGUCUGACCUUGAGGAGGAGGAGGAGGAGGAAGGAGCUCUCUACCCUGUGCCUCCUCAGAGGAGGCUCUUCUCUGUCUUCAUCAGGCCGCACGAAGGCAACGCCUCCGACUACCCAUACUGCAUCACUCCACAGCAGAUAGAUGUCCCAGCAGGGGGCAGCAGCACCAUCCACAUCUCCUUCACUCCCCUGACCCUGUCAGGACUGACCUCUAAGGCUGCCUGUGUGUCCUUCGCUCUGGGCUUCAUGAGCCUUGACUCCAAGGUGUCCUCCUGUAUCCCAGGGAAGGUUCAAAGGGCUCAGGGUCGGGAUCUGGAGCCUCUCAGACUGGACCUCCAGGCCUCCGUCAGAUCUGCUGUCCUGUCAGUUCAGAUGGAGGAGGAAGAGGAGUGUCUGGAGUUCUGUGCUGUGGCUAGUGAUUUAAUACAGGGAGAUCCACACAAUGAGAUGGUCCAGAGGAAGUGUUCCAUCACACGGACGUUCCAGUUGAAGAACAGUACAGAGAUGCCUCUGAGUUUCAGGCUGAGCACCCAGCCUCCCUUUUCCAUACUGCAGCCUGGAGGCUGUGCCGGGACAGCCGACUGCGCCUCCCACAGCCUCCCACCUGGGGAGAACCAGCUAUUGGUGCUGCAGCCACGACACAACAAGCAGGUGAAGGUGGCGUUCCACAGCUCCCUAUCCAUGCUGGCUUAUCUGAGGCAGCCUCCAGAGGAAGUCCCGCCCAGCGUGUCUCUGGUUACCAAUGAGAGUGGAGAGAGGAAGCUGAGAUUCCGGCAGACCCUGUCAGUGCAGUACAGCAACAACAGUCUGCAGACUGUGCCACUCUGUGCCCACCUGUCCCUGCCCACUGUGAGUCUGUCCUGUGACAGUCUGGACUUCGGUACCUGCUACGUGGGACAGACCCGGGUCAGGGAGGUCCACCUUUCCAACCGGGGCGGCUCCUCUAGCUACUGGAGAGUACUCAUAGACUCCGGUGAGGAGGAGGAAGGGGCAGGUGUGUUCAGAGUGAUUCCUGACUGUGGGGUCCUGAAGCACCUGGAGUAUCCUGUCUCCUCUGGCACACAGCCCCUACAGAUCAGCUUCACUGCCAGCAGCGAAAGGGAGUUCCAAGCCACAGCCGUAGUGAAGGGCGUCCUGGGGGAGUCCCCCUUAUCGAUACAGGUCCAGGGAAGCGGCUCCUUCGAUGAGAGAUUUGUGUCUCUACUAGCCGACAUUUAGCAGGAGUCUCAGCGUACAGGACUUUUACCUGAGAACACCGUCAACGUCUUGUAGUUAGUGGAUAGCACAGUUGGUUGAUGGCACCUUAAUUGGGGAGGACGGGCUCGUGGUAACGGCUGGAGCGGAAUGGUAGCAAAUACAUCAGACACGUGGUUUCCAUGGUAUCCAUGUGUUUGAUGCCGUUCCAGACGUUAUCUCCCCUCAGUAGCCUCCACUGGUGAAUAUGAUGUUACUGUGUGAAUAUGAUGUACACUGUUAUGUGUUUCUGUGUUUUUAUUGAGCGUUAAGCUGUCCUAGUGCUUUCAAUACACUGUUACAACACAACUCAUGACUCACUAUCAACCGUACAUGCUCUGUUCCGGACGCCAAGGUCAAAGAUGAUUUAUUGUUUAAUAAUACUGUAGCUGUUAUUCAGAACAUAAAGACCUGAAUCUGAUACCACAUUGUCGCAUUUGUAAAAAAUAAAAAUACUGUUCUGGAAAGAUUUGGUGAAGUGGUGGAAGAGGAUGAUAUAAGUGGUGUCUGUGUUAUGUGUGAGAUUGUGAAGCGCUGUACAAAUUCGACAGUCACAAAAUGGGACUUCAAAUAGGCUGAUGGCACGUCAAGGGAACUGCAGCCUACUGUUUAGAUGGGUUAAAUGGAAACUGAAAUCUGGAUAUUGACUAACCAGAAUAUUCUACUGUUUUCUGGCAAACUCCUUGGUCCUCUGAUAAUACUAGUCCCGUGUGAAUCGACAUCCCUGUGUUCUGAGAGAAAUG